GUUGCUCCCGCGUCGCCAGUACCUCCGCGGUCCUCUGAUCUGAGAUCCACUCCGCAGACCUGCGUCCUCACACCGUCCUCAGCAUGGGACGCGCUGCCUUUUCCUGGGACGUCUGUUUGUUGACCCUGCUCGUAAAUACUUGCGGGGUGAUGGGGAAUGUCGGAGUCGCAGACGCGGACGAGUGCUCUGAAGCGACCGAUGACUGCCACAUCGACGCGCUCUGUCAGAACACACCGCGCUCCUUCAAGUGCAUCUGCAAGCCGGGAUACAAGGGGGACGGCAAGCAGUGCGAAGACAUGGACGAGUGUGAGAACGACUACAACGGAGGCUGCGUCCACGAGUGCAUCAACAUCCCGGGCAACUACAGGUGCACCUGCUACGACGGAUUCAUGCUGGCCCACGACGGACACAACUGUCUAGACGUGGACGAGUGUGGGGACAACAACGGCGGGUGCCAGCAGGUGUGUGUGAACACCAUGGGGAGCUACGAGUGUCUGUGCACGGACGGCUUCUUCCUGAGCGACAACCAGCACACCUGUAUCCACCGCUCCGACGGUAAGGGCCCAACAUCUCCUCCCUCCCUCUCCUCCUCGCGUCUUCUUCGUACCCUCUCUCUCUCUCUCUCUCUCUCUCUCUCUCUCUCUCUCUCUCUCUCUCUCUCUCUCUCUCUCUCUCUCUCUCUCUCUCUCUUUCCCUCUCUCUCUCUAUUGCUGUCUCACCCCCCUCUAUAUCUUCCACCUUCACGCACUCCCCUCCCUGCUUUCUCUCUCUUUUUAUCAUCCUUCCACUCCCUCUCUCCAUCUCUGCCUCUCUCUCUCUCUCUCUCUCUCUCUCUCUCUCUCUCUCUCUCUCUCUCUCUCUCUCUCUCUCUCUCUCUCUCUCUCUCUCUCUCUCUCUCUCUCUCCUUCUCUCUCUCCCUCUCUCUCUCCCUCUCCCCAUCCAUCUCCCUUUUCCACUCCAUCCUUCUCUCUCUCUCUCUGAAGUAAUGUUUCGUUUACCUC